GCAAUACCGGAAAAAUGACUAAAAUACCCCCUGCUCCUUCCCCGUAAGCCUGCUCAACCUAGGGCGGCGAGUUGGCGGCGCCACCAGUCGGCGGAUCGACGCAAUUCGCCCCCCGGCCACUCCGCCCCACCUUUGCUAGUCUGGCUUCCUGUGGAGAUCCAUCCCAAAUUCCCAACGCGUGCGUUGCGUUCAAUCCUCCUUUGUCUUUCUCCGCUUCACGCCUUCACCUCCCUCCCCUUCCCUCUAGCGGCAAAGACAGCGCGAGCGCCGCCGCCCUUGGCCAGUCUUCGCAGGGCGCUUCGCCGGCGACGAGCGUCAGCCAGGAGAAGGCAUGGCUUCACGCGUGACACCUUCUAAGAGGCCGUUUCAGAAAAAUUCUUCAGACCACAAUGGCCGGGGCAAGUGGCAGAAGACGAAGCAUUCUUCUUCACAUAAAUCUCAGUUCAAAAUAGAGCCUGGUGUUCCCAUUUUUCGCAUUCUUUGCCCUGCUUCAAAAUCUGGGAAUGUAAUUGGUAAAGAAGGCAGCAUUAUUGCAAAGAUACGGCAAGAGACUGGAGUGAGAAUCAGGGUUGAUAAAGCAGUCUUAGAUUGUGACGAGAGAGUUAUUUUCAUAUCUGCAAUUGAGAAGGAUGUAGAAGCUAGUAGAGAGCAAUUUGGAAAGAAUGAUGGAGGUGUUGCUGUUUCUGCCCGUGGUGACCAUGAGAAGGAUAAAGUCAACAGUAAGGAGAAAAAGGAUGAUCCAGAGAAAAACCUCAGUAAGGGGGAAGAAGAUGGUUCAGAGGGAGACUACCGUAAUGAGGAAAAGGAUGAUUCGGAGAAAGACAACAGCAAGGAGCAGAAGGGUGAUUUAGAGAAAGAAAAUAGUAAGGAAGAUAAGGAUGAUUCAGAGAAAGACCACAGUAAUAAGGAAGAAAAGGAUGAUGAUUCAGAGAAAGACCACAGUAAGGAAGAAAAGGAUGAUGAUUCAGAGAAAGACCACAGUAAGGAAGAAAAAGAUGAUCCCUUUGUUGCAAUAGAUAUGAAAUCAGAACCGGAGAGGGCAGUACCUUCAGCACUGAAGGCCAUUUUAUUUGUCUUCGAUAGGAUUUUUGCAGCUGAAGAUGAUAAUGAAACUGGGGAUGCAUCGGGUGCGAGCACUUCUGUUUCUUUGCGAUUAUUGGUUCUAUACAGCCAAGCAGGUUGGCUUUUGGGGAAGGGUGGUAGUGUGAUUAAGCAAAUGUCAGUUGAUAACGGCUGUGAAAUCCGUGUUUCAAAGGACAACCUUCCACCAUGUGCACUAUCCAAUGACAGACUUUGCCAGAUCAAUGGAGAGGUUGACUCAGUAAGGAAAGGUCUGAAUGCAGUAGCUGAAUUGCUCUUAGCUCAUCCACCCAAGGAAUCUGAUGUAGUUGCUGGUAUUCAUUCUUCUGGAUCAUCAUCGCGCUCAUUGUUUAGCCAGUCAGAUGGUUUUCCUUCAGGAAUGCAAUCUAACUUCCAUUUCCCCUUGCAAGGGCCAUCCCAAGCCAAUGGACCUUUUGAUACCAUUGAUCGUCAACCAAAUAUUGGUCCUUUUCCUAUCAUACAUGAAGCUCCGAUGCACAACCAUGCCUCAGUUCCUAUAGAACCCCUCACCUUUAGGUUACUGUGUUCAAAAGACAAGGUUGGCAGUGUAAUAGGGAAGGGUGGAAACACUGUUAAAACUAUCCAAAAUGAUACAGGCUGUGAAAUAAAAGUUCUUGACACUGUUCCAAAAACGGAUGAUCGCAUCAUAAGUAUAUCUGGACCUGCGCAUCCGGGUGAUGGAAUCUCCCCUGCACAGAAUGCCAUUUUGCAUGUGCAGCGCAAACUUAUGUUGCCUGCCUCUGAUAAGGAGGGUCCUGCAAUGUGUAGGCUGAUUGUUUCACCCAACCAAGUUGGUUGCCUUCUGGGCAAAGGAGGUAGCAUCAUAACUGAAAUGAGGAAGCUUUCAGGAGCAUUUAUAGUAGUGCUGAGCAAAGACAAGAUCCCGAUGGGUGUCCCAGAAGAUGAUGAAGUUAUUCAGAUAAGCGGGGGCUGUGACGCUAUUCAAGAAGCUCUAAUGCAGAUAACUGCUAGGCUUCGUAACCAUCUUUUCCGAGACAGAAUGCCUGCAUUGGGUCCUAAUAUGCGGCCACCUUUUGGUUUGUUAGAUUCUCAGUUUGGUCCAUAUGUGGGAAACCAUGAAUCUUCAUCUCUGUUUCAUAAAGAUUUUAUGGGACGGCCAUUGGAUGGGAUCUCUGCCCCUUGGACAAUAAAGGGCAUUCGUGAUGUUGGUGAUCCAAUGUCAAUACCUGAUAUCCCCGGAGCGGAGCAUAGAGAACUCGGUGGAUUUUCUGGUCCUGGUCAGUCAUCCAUGAUGCCAAACUUGACUGCAGAGGUCUUUGUUCCAAGAUUAGUUAUUCCUGCUCUCUGUGGUGAAGAUGGAGGUUGUUUGGAUAGGAUUCGUGAGUUUUCGGAAGCUAAGAUAGCAGUCGCUGAACCUAUAGCUGAUGCAAUGGACACUGCUGUUUUAAUAUCUGGCACACCAGACCAGAUGCAUGCAGCCCGAAGUCUUGUCCAAGCAUUUGUUAUAAGUGAAUCGUUUGCCCCAUGAUACUUGGAUCCUCCAAAGGCAUUGAAGCUAGUGAAAAAAAAAGUGGGUUCGUGUUGUGAAUAUGCGUCCCUGUUUGCCGAGUGGCAUAUGCUCCAAGAGGUUAAUUAGGCUGAGUAGAUAUAGACUUCCAAACUCAUCCCUUAGAGAUAUGGGACACAUUCUGGGUAGCACCAGAGAUGUAUUGCUUAUGUAAGCAGUAUGCUUGGACCCGAAAUUACCCUCAGUACUGAUGUUGUGGAUGUUAAAGUUAUCUGCAUCUCCAUUUCCUUUGGUACCUGUAUUUGUAAGAAGCACAAAUGCAGGCUAUUGCCAAUUGUUUUGCGAUCAAGGUUUUGGGAGGCGUUUAUGGUAUAAGAGUACUAUGUUGAGACUGUU